CGGAGAGUAUAUAAUCGUCUGCUCGCUUUCGCACAGUUCAGUCACUCGGGACCAAACAAAGAGGCCCUUUCGCAGAUUUCCCAGCAAACCACUACAUAGGCUCAUCAGCAUUUGAAGAGUCGUCUCAGUAAGUUACGAGGGACGCGAAGUCUGACUGACAAUGGACAAAAUGCUCAUACUGACUGUCUGUUUGAUUGCCACCUUUUCGGAGGCAGCAUUACAUGAUUUUUCUCUUCGGGACAUGUUGGACAACUCUGAGUUUCUAGACCAUGCAAGUAGAGUGGUGAAGCUGCUGAUGCAGCUGGCUACGAAGUCGCUACGUUGUACGGUGAGAGUUUGGAGUCCGGAGAACAAAGAAGCCUCACCAAGAGAGACGUUGAAGACCACGUCGCCAGUCCGUCGUCAAAGUCCAGAAACUUCGAGCUUCGCCUCACUUCCGGGGAGGGACUACGCAUGUCACUUCAGAAGCGAAACGUUUUAAGUUCGGAUCUGAGAGUGGUGGAGCGAUUUGACAAAGAAACGAUAAUCAGUCGCCCAGUCAUCAAAGACUGCUUCUUCAGUGGCUUUCUGGAGGACAAGGCUGGCUUCGCUUCACUGUCGCUGUGUGAUGGAAACGUGGUUGGAGCCAUUCGCUCAAAGAACCGUAGUUUUCAAUUGCACCCACUUCCGGAAGAUGUGGUCAGCCACUCUCCAUUCUUGCACGUGCUUCUUACAUGGUCUAAUGAAACCGAUGACAAACUUUCGAGCCUAGAGGAUUUCUUGGAGGUGCCUGAAGAUGUGCUAGAGAAUGAAGAUGCAAACGAUAUGAAAUUUCAAAGGUCAGUAAGCGACAAGAAGCUGAAAAUAGAGGUGGGCGUCUACUUGGACCGACUUUUCUUAAACAAAGUGAACCAAAACCUCAAACUCUCCUCAAACCAACAGCUCACGGACCUCAUUGCUCGCAAAUGGAGUGGCAUUGCCGGUGUGCUGCACAACCCCUCGCUGGUCGGGUGGGACAUCACGAUCAAAGUCGUCAAUCUAGAGAUCUGGCAUAGUAACCCGUCCUGGUACCAAGACUCCAUCAAAGACCUAGGACAGCGUUUGAAGAUGGCAUGUAUCAACACUAUGAAUCAGCCUUUUGACUACGUGUCCAUCGAAACCGCGGAUGCCGACCCUCCUCAGAGAAUGGGACUGGCUUACGUCGGGGGAAUGUGCAGUCAUAGAAGUCGCUGUGGUAUCACCAAGGGAGCAUAUACCCACUUCAGAUUUGAGCUUCAUGAGAUGGGACACAACCUGGGAUUGAAGCACGAUGACCAGAUAUCGCAGUGUUCAGGAACUGAGAAAGGUUUCAUGUCUAACGUGGAGAAUGUCUUCAGACCAUGCUAUGCCAAAGUCUGGGACUCCUUUUUCAGAGACUCCAAGAGGUCAUGCCUGUUUCAAGAUAAUGUCGACACCCAGCACUUCAACCCAAUUGGUUGAUCUAAGAGAGUCUCAAAAGGUCCGGAUGAGGGGCAUCCAGCAAGUUUGUAACCUGUAUCCGCCUGACGUUUGUGAAAAUUGGUCAUUAAAACAUUUCAGAGAAACAUU